GCAACUACCGCAUUUCCAGCAACCAACACAACACCCACGACCCCUACCCAUCGAGUGCACACCGAUCGCGUACUCUGUUCCCAGAUCAGGUUUUAGCCGGCGGCGCAGAUCGAACAACGUUCUCGUCAUGGUUCGUAGCUGGACAUGGAUAGGAUCGAUAGGCAGCCUUCUGCUGUCCCUCGGCCCACACCACACUGGAGCCAUCACGGUGGAGCUGUCGGAGGUGCUGGCGCCAAGCGCCAUCACCGUGGACGCAGAGUGGCAGGGCAGUAGCAGCUUCAGUGGCACCGAUCCCAUCAGCCAUGAUUGCCCGUUGUCGGGAAGGUGCAUUGGACAAUUGACGCGGGACGGGUCCCUCGAGCUGGACUCUAGGUACGACUGCACGAGGCUCCUCGAAUCAGCCUCCUGCGGGGUACGGUACGGGCUCAUCGACGGCGGCCAGUGGGGCGACUUGUCAACCAUCUCUAGCGUGAGAAUUGCCCUGCACCCCGACAGCGUGCAGAGCUUGCAAGUGGGGAUCGGUCGGAACGAAUUGGAGGCAUGGGAAGCCGACCCCGACUUGACAGCGGCAGGCGAGAUGCAAGAAAUCCCCGGCGUCGAAGGCUUGACGGGGUCGGACCUUUAUAUCUACGGCGACAUGGAGAUCGGGGAGUCCCUCCGUAUACUGGAGGUGGAGAUAUACGUUGCGGUGGACGAGAUUGAGGCAACCGGGGUCUCCGCUAGCACCCGGGCGUUCGUCACCGCCACAGCAUCUGCCGAUAGCGCCUCGGCCAUGAACACCUUGGACGGCGACGUGUCUGCCUCUUCGUCGUGGACUUGUUCUGCGGGCGACGAGGUGUGCGAGGUCACCUUCGACCUCCAGGCGGUGGAAUCCCUCGAACAGCUCCGCAUAGCGUUUUCCGAAGAGACUGAUGCCGUCGGGGGUGAGUUCAGCGUCAUGACCGCGGGCGAGUCGGGCGUCUUCUCCGCCGUGCGCACGGGCAUCGAGGCCGAUCCGGCCGCCCGGCCGCUCGGCACAGACGGGCUGCAAACCGUCGGGGGCGUCCGCGCUAUGGCGCGGUACGUGAAGCUCGGGGUGACGGUGCCCACGAGCGGGGGAUCGAUCGCCAUCAGUGAGGUGGAAUUCAGGGUCGGCGAGGACGUCCCCGCUCGCCCGGUGGCCGAAAAGGCGUGGCUCAAGACCACCGGUCCACUCCCGCGCGCCGUUAAUCCUGGCGGUUCCCAGGACCCAAGCUUCGACAUCAGACUGCCUGAGGACGGCGGGUGCGACCCUCCGAUCCACUUCGAGGGGUGCCAUGUGUUUUAUAUCAAGGACGAGAACAUGGACUCUCGUUGGACCUGUGGCCCGCUCGUAGCCGGAUCAGACAGAAAUAGCUGGGACUGUGACCUCGAGUUCAGCCUCAACUACUUCCGAUACAUCCGUCAGAUCCAAAUCGCCUUCUACACGGGAGAUGGGGAGCAUAACGAGUUUAGCAUCGAGGCGUACACCGCUGCUGGCGAGUGGGUGACGGUUGUGCCGUCAGCGAUAAGUUCCGAGGACGGCAGCGACUACCAAACCUUCGACGUGGCAGUCCACACCAACAUGAUCAGGCUGCUGCCGAAGUUCGGCCAGAUUACCGACUUCAUCGGCAUCAAGGAGUUGGUCUUCCUGGAGAAGAGGAAGAAGGAUUUCAUCGAAGGAACCAUUCCAGUCUUUUCAACCAGAAUAAGGUCAACUAGUAACGACGACGAAGAAGAAGAUGGUGCCGACGUGGACAUACCCACCAGAUUCGAGUUCGACCUCCAGAUCGAGGGAAAUUACAUCGACAUGAACGUGCCACCUUCGACGGUUACCGCCUUGAGGAUGCGCUUUCCCGCCGACAGGAGCUUCGUGUUUAUGGUCGAGUACGACGGCAUCGUAGAGGAGUUCACCAGCGCCGGGGGUCCGAAGACGUGGGAGACGUUCACUUUGUCGACCCCCGCGGAGGUGGAUUUCGGCCUCGAGGUCGUCGCCGUGACCGGGCCGACGUUCGACCACAUUCCGGACUACCCGGCUCUGAGGGUGGUUGACUUGCAGGUCGUCGGGGAACUCAGGAAAGAGCCGGGCUACAUUGAUGUGGUGACGACGACGAUCGAGACGUGGGGGGUGGUGCCCGACGUCAUCGGCGAGGGAGUUUCGGAGCAGAAGACCGUGAUGAAGGCGAUUUGCGAAGCCAAGGGAAGCACCUUCGACGGCAUCGACUGCGUCGGCGAGCUGGACGACUCCGAGGUUACGAUCAAGCUACAAUUCGGUGACUACUACAUAGACGGGCCGAUCUUCUUGAAGAGCGGGGUGUUUAUCGACGGCGACUGGAAGGAUGAGUACCCCACGUUUUGCUGGCUGGUGCUCUACGACGGGGACAGCAACACCGUUACGGGCGAGGACGCCAUGGUCGUCGUGGAUGGCGCCACAGGCGCCGAGCUUUACGGUUUGGCGUUCGUCCGCAAGGAGGACCCUACGGGGGACAUCGUGCCCGGAACGGUCGGAAACACCAACUUGGCUGUCAGGAACUCGCAGGACAUCCGAUUCUCAGAAAUGGGGCUCUUUAGUGGCCGAAACGGCGGCGCCACUUUCACGGAUUCCAGGAACAUGAGCGCUUUCAUUUUCUACAAUGGCGAUGGACUCGAGACCGGCAACUACAUGGAGCUCACCCGUGUGGAUGAUGUCCAUUUCAGGGCCUUGCCGAACAUGUCCGGAGUGCUCAUCGACACGUGCAACGACAUCGUCUUCGAGGGCGUCGACGAAUUUGCGAUCCCCAGCGCGUAUUUCAGCCCCCCGGUUGCCGGGGGCGACCAGACGGCAAACGUCGUGGUCACCGGCGACUCCUCCGGCAUCGUUUUCCAGAACUUCAUUGUGGCCGCCGGCGCUGAACCGCGUAUCCUGGUGGAAUCGACGGAGCCUCUCACCCUAGACAACGUGAUCAGGUACACUGACGCCGAGAUCGGAGACUGCAUCGUGGAGGUCCCAGAGGGAACGGAUGAGGAUUUUGUCGUGCAGGUCAGGACCAACCCUUUCUCCGACACUUCCAGCAUCGACACCAUUAACCAGCUCUUGGCGAAGUCGGGUACCUGCUGGGUGCUUGAGUAGGUCUCAUUUAGGUUAUUCGCAUAAAUGCCAAAUUGUGUCCUCUGGAUGAUUGAUUGUGUGUGUAGUUUGAACAUGCCCCCAGGCUUGUUGGCUGCUGCGUGCUUCGUGUAGCUGCUGCCCGCAGGUCCAAGGCCUAGAAUAGCAACGGCUGUGUAUGGCAUUUUAUCCAGUCCUUUCCGGUCGUCAUGUGCUGCAUCAACCUACGCAUGAUGCACAGCAGUAGACAAUUUCCCACUGGCGUGCGUUGGUGCAUACGCUUCACGUGUUUUCCGCUUGCGGCUCAGAUCCUGAGAAAACGACUGAAAAACGCGAAGUAAAUAGUGUCCAGACAGGAAGAAGAGCAUCCGCUACCCGCGGCGUCAUUCGUGACAAAUUUGAAGUACAAUUGAACGUGUAGGUCUAGCCAUAAGAUGAGGUGCACGGUGUUUAACAGGGUCAGCCCGGAUUUCCAUAUUUGCCGACAUCGAAAGAUACGGGUGGUUAGAGGUUCAGGUUGUGGCAAGUGGAACGCCAUGUACGAAGUAAAACCUAGACAAGUUAGGUUGGGAAGACGGGGUUUGAGCUACAAACGUAUGUUCUGUCGUUGCCACAAGCCCGCCCAGUUGGUUUUAUUAGUCCCACUUUCGACGAUGGAGGGGUCAGUUGCACACACACGAUGAUCUGCCGCCCUUUUAAGCAUGUGGCGGGCUACCGGUGUAGCUACACGGAGGGGUUUGGGGGCCUGACUAGCUCAGCGACGCCCCUAAACUGGACUUUGGGUGUACUGUCUACUCUGUAGUGCACAUGCUCAAGUUUGUUGCCAGCUAGAUUGUUGCUGGGGUGCAGCUAGGUUGUUGCUGGGGUGGGUCCUUGCCCGGUAAAGAUCGGAUGACAUGGUGAUAUUUUUCACGUCUGGAGAAAUGGAUUGUACGAUUUUGGUCGGUGGGGGUUUGUUGUGCGUGCACACAGCUCCGGGUGCACCACGCGCUUAGCACCGAUACGUAUAAGUAACUUGGCACGUCUACCGUAAAAAUAUUCACCAAUAUCGCGGUUGCAUCUUUUGUGCUUGGGUGUUAUAGAUAGAAAAGGAAGGCGCAUCUUCACGGAUGUCAAAGCACUUGCGAUAGCAAAGCAGAAGGUAGCUCAGAACUGCGAGCGUCAAGGGACAAGUAGUAUUCGUAUGCGCUCAGUAGCCGAAAAUGCAAGCACUUCAGUUGCUGAAGCUUUCUCUGCACGUUUAGUCGUUGUCGUGUGUCAGUACAAACCCUUUGCUUACGAAUGCCAGAGCCCUCUGUCUGUACUCGGCGAGUUCGAGGGCAUAGUGUUGCUGUUGUCGUUGCCAGGCAUGUUUCUCAGCUUACCAGUGCCAAAUUCUGAACCGGUAUGAUUGAACAUAGCUGGAUUUGUCUGAUUCCUUCAUGUAGAGAAUGGAGCAAGUGCUGCGCAAGCGUCUCCGCCCCAUCCUGUAUCGCUGCAAUCUUCUCAAGCUUUGGUUGGCUCCUGCUCUCUCUCUCCCUCGUGUUGUUAUACAGCAUUGCUCAUGAUGGUGUGGGAAACGUGUGUGGCUUGCGCAGGAGACGAACUGUCAAAAUGGUUCCCUUGUGCAGAUGAAUGCGAUUUUUUGUGAAUCCUCCGAAGGCUUGUGUGGCGCCCAACAUGUCCCCGGGGUAUGAGCCAGUAUUUUCAACUUCGGCCGUCGAGCACAAGCGCUACGGGUGGCUGGCGGUCCUCGGG